GGGGUAGGUGCAUUGGAUGGUGGGGCACAUCUUUCGGGAUUGGAGUCAUCAGUUGCUUAGCCUUGCCCCGCCUUGCGCCGACAAAAUUAUUCUCGGUUGCAAUCGCGAACCACUUUUGACACGCCUCGAACCUUUGAACCACUUGUCGUCGCCAACCAGCCACACUUUGCUGGGAAAAUCAAGCAGUUAUCCCACAAUUCCACACCCCUCCGCUGGUAUUUCUUUUACUCUCAAUCUCACCAACAGCAGCAGCAACUUAGACGUCGCCAUCUCCAUCGACACAUUCCCGGCGAGCCCGCUAUGAGCAGGUAGCAUAGCUACCUUGAGGGGCAAUUCGUUGUUCCAUCUCGCCGCGACCACACAACCACACCACACCACACAAUCGCAUCACAAAAUGGAGUCGGAAGUUGAGGCCGGCAGGGCCUCCGAGAACCGCAAGACCUUGGUGAAGGACCAGCUCCCAAAGCGCUUCAAGGCCCUCAAGUUCGGCAUUCAAUCCACCCAAGACAUUCUUAAUCAAGGUGUGCUCGAGGUCUCCGACAAUCUGCUCUACGAUGUCGAAAACAAUCGAGCUCCCUUCAAGCAUGGACCCCUCGAUCCCCGCCUGGGAACCUCGAGCCCGAAACCCGAUGCGAAAUGCCACACCUGCCACCAAGAUCUGAUGGGCUGCCCUGGUCAUUUUGGUCACGUCAAACUUCCACUCCCCGUCUUUCAUAUUGGCUAUCUCAAAUACAUCCAGGCGACCCUGCAAAACAUUUGCAAAUCAUGCUCCAGGAUCCUCCUGACCAACGAGGAGCGCCGCCGGUUCCUCAGAUCACUCCGCCGGGAACAGGACAACAUGGCGCGAACGGCCGUACUCAAACGCAUCAACGAGCAGUGCCGGAAAGUGAGGAACUGCUACCACUGCGGUGACCUGCAGGGAACCAUCCGAAAGCUGAGUUGCAUGAAGCUUGUCCAUGACAAGUUUGUGGCCUACAACAAGUCGACGGCCCAGAAGAAGGUGGCACCCGAAAGCAAGAUCGAGUUCGAUGCCUCCUUUGAGAGCGCCAAGGCCCAUUUCGCAGAGCUUGGAAAGCACAUCCGCCGUGCCAUGGAUGAUAUGCAUCCCCUCAAGGUUCUCAACCUGUUCAAGGAGAUCAACUCGGUCGAUUGCGAGCUGUUGGGCCUAGAUCCUGCCGAAGGACGACCCGAGAUGUUUCUCUGGCGGUACCUCCCAGCCCCCCCCCUUUGUAUCAGACCAUCGGUCGCCCAGGAAAGCGCAAGCAACGAAGACGACAUUACCACAAAGUUGGCCGAAAUUGUCAUCUAUAGCGCACAUUUGCGCGAAGCUAUGCUAAAGGGUGCGCCGCUUCCUUCCCUCAUGGAGCAGUGGGAAUUCCUCCAGCUGCAGGUCGGCAUGUACGUCAACAGUGAUGUGCCUGGCCUCGUCCAGCAAGGCUUUGGCAAGGCUACUCGUGGCUUUUGCCAACGUCUCAAGGGAAAGCAGGGGCGCUUCCGUGGCAAUCUCUCGGGCAAACGUGUUGACUUCAGUGGGCGUACUGUCAUCUCCCCCGAUCCGAAUCUGAGCAUUGAACAGGUGGCCGUCCCCGAACGUGUCGCCAAGAACCUCACAUACCCCGAGCGCGUUCACGCGAACAAUAUUCAAAAACUCAAGGCUUGUGUGAGAAACGGCCCGACUGAAUACCCUGGCGCGUUGCAAAUCACCAAGAACCAAGGCGAGGAGAAUGAGAUGAAGUUUCUCUUGAAGCACAUGAAGCCUCACAUCCUUGAGAAGAAUGCGGACAACCUCCGGAUUGGAGAUGUUGUAGAACGGCAUCUCGAAGACAACGAUAUCGUCCUGUUCAAUCGUCAACCCUCACUUCACAAAUUGAGUAUCAUGAGCCAUUACGCAAAGAUCAGACCUUGGAGGACGUUCCGGCUGAACGAGUGUGUUUGCUCGCCAUACAAUGCCGAUUUCGACGGUGAUGAGAUGAACCUUCACGUCCCACAGACAGAGGAGGCGAGAGCAGAGGCUAUCAAUCUGAUGGGCGUCAAGAACAAUCUGUGUACUCCCAAAAACGGCGAGCCCAUCAUUGCCGCCACCCAGGAUUUUAUUACCGCUGCUUAUCUGUUGAGCGGCAAAGAUAGGUUCUACGACAGAAGCAGCUUUACCUACAUUUGCACACAGAUGCUUCUUGGCGAUACCUAUCUCGAGCUUCCGCCUCCUGCCAUCCUCAAGCCCAAAGCUCUCUGGACUGGCAAGCAAAUCUUCAACGUCAUGAUGCGGCCCAACAAGGAGUCGCCUGUCUUGGUCAACCUCGAUGCCAAGAACAAGGUCUACAACAAAGGAAACCUCCAGCCUCCAGACAUGGACAUUGACGACUCGUUCCUGGUUGUUCGCAACUCCGAGGUUAUCUGCGGCCGCAUGGACAAGUCCACGGUUGGAGAGGGCAAAAAGAACUCUGUGUUCUAUGUCAUUCUGAGAGACUAUGGAGCCGACUAUGCUGCCGCCACGAUGAACCGUCUGGCCAAGCUCUGUGCCAGAUCGUUGACACUGCGCGGCUUCUCUAUCGGUGUUGGUGAUGUGUUUCCUUCGCAGGCAUUGACUGAACACAAGCUCAUGCUCCUCGAAAAAGCCACGACGGUGUGCGACGGAUUUAUUUCCCAAGCAGAAAACGGGACUCUUGAGAAGGCUCCAGGUUGCGACAUGAAGGAGACUUUGGAGACCAAGCUUUCGGGAACCCUGAGCGCUGUCCGUCAAGCUGCCGGUAGCUACUGCACCGAGAAUCUCAGCAGAAACAACGCACCUCUCAUCAUGGCCAAGUCUGGGUCCAAGGGUUCCGAAAUCAACGUAGCCCAGAUGAUUGCCUGUGUCGGUCAACAGAUUAUCGGCGGCAAGCGUGUCGCUGAUGGAUUCCAGAACCGAACCUUGCCUCAUUUCGAAAAGGGCGACAAGCGCGCGGCUGCCAAGGGCUUCGUCAAGAACAGUUUCUACACCGGUCUGCAUCCCACCGAGUUCUUGUUCCACGCCAUUUCUGGCAGAGAAGGUUUGGUCGACACCGCUGUCAAGACGGCCGAGACGGGUUACAUGUCCAGACGCUUGAUGAAGUCGCUGGAGGAUUUGUCGACUCAGUACGAUGACACGGUGCGCACCUCGGAAGGAGGCAUUGUCCAGUUCCAGUACGGUGCAGACAGGCUCGACCCAGUGGACAUGGAGGGAGAUGCCCGGCCUGUCAACUUUGAUCGGACCUGGAACCACUCCCAGACCAUCACUUGGAACAACUCGGAGAAGGGGUUGCUGCCGUCCGAGAUACAGAAACUGACCAAGGAGUUACUGGACAGACAGCGGGCGCUCUAUGUCCGACGUGACAUGCUUACCGGCGAGGUCAUCACUGGGCUUACGGAUGAGCAGAUCCGCACGAGCACGGACCGCGCAGCGUAUAUGGCUGUCGACGAGCACGACGCCGCGAGAGAGUACCUCAACAGUGUCCAGACAUACAUCACACAGAGAGCCACCAAGCUGGCCAGGAUUCGCAAGUCGGUCGGCCUCGAUCCAGGCGUGUUAGAAGACGACCUUGCCAUGCAGGCUGUAGUUAAUAGGGUGAACAAGGGUGGAUCCGAGAUGGAUAUCGAUCUGGAUGAUGAGGCGCGCGCCAAGGGACAAAAGCACGCCGACCUCACGGCCAAGGUGUCGGAGGCCAGUCUUCAGAAAUUCAUCGAGCUAUGCCUGGAGAAGUACAAGAAGGCACAGGUCGAGCCAGGUCACGCUGUAGGAGCCGUCGGCGCUCAGUCGAUCGGUGAGCCUGGAACGCAAAUGACGCUCAAGACGUUCCAUUUCGCCGGUGUUGCCGGCAUGAGUAUCACCCAGGGUGUCCCGCGUAUCAAGGAGAUCAUCAACGCCUCCAAGACGAUCAGUACACCUGUCAUCACUUGCGUCUUGGAGAACACUAAGGAUGUCAGCGCGGCCCGGGCCGUCAAACACAGGAUUGAAAAGACCUACAUCAAGGAUAUCCUUGACUAUGUGGAUGAUGUGUGGCUGCAGGACGUCGCCAAAAUUGUGCUCAGGCUUGAGAAGGAUGGUCUUGAGAACCUGGAGCAGAUUGGGAUAACGACUACCGAUAUUGCCGACGCCAUUGUCAAGGCCAAGAAGCUCAAGUUGAAGAUUGAGCCAGAAGACCUGAAGGUGAACAAGAAUGUCAUUGAGGUUCUCGUCCACAACACAUGGCAGGAUGCGACGGCGGCGAGAAAGGCGGCCAGGCAACGCGCUGCUGCUCUGGAAAAGGGGCUGACUGUCGCCAAGCCAGGGGAUGAGUCGGCAGCCGACUUCCAGUUGAGAGUCAACUUCCUCAAGCGCAUGUUGCCGGAAGUGCCCAUUGCCGGCCACCCCGAGACAACGCGAGCGAUUAUCAAUGUCGACAGCAAGACUUCGGCGCAUACAGUUCUGGUGGAAGGUUACGGACUGCGCGCUUGUAUGACCACAGAAGGUGUGGUUGGCACCAAGUGCUUGACCAACUCGGUCAUGGAAUGUCGCGAUGUGCUGGGUAUUGAGGCGGCCCGCACAACCAUUGCCUUUGAAAUCCAGCAAGUCAUGGGCGACAUGAACAUCGACCCUCGUCACAUGGAGCUUUUGGCCGAUGUCAUGACAUACAAGGGCGACAUUCUCGGCAUCACGCGCUUCGGCCUUGCCAAGAUGCGCGACAGUGUUCUCCAGCUGGCUUCUUUCGAGAAGACGCCAGACCAUUUGUUUGAUGCCGCUGCUGGUAUGAAGACAGAUCGGAUCUUGGGCGUCAGUGAGUGCAUCAUCAUGGGCCAGACCAUGUCGAUAGGGACAGGUUCGUUCCAGGUGGUCAGACGUCUUGGUCUCUAUGACUGGCAGCUCAAGCCCAAGCCCUCUAUGUUUGAUGAGAUAUGGAAGAAGACGCACUCCAAGCUUGGCAGGGGUCGGGCCCGGCCGGCGGUGGUUGCGGCGGCUUGUUAAGCAGAGAGAAUGGUUUUAUGUCUGGGUUCGUUGAGUUCGGUUUGGAAAGGCGGGACGGGACGGUCUUCAUGCGGAGUUGAGCUGAGAAAACGGUUGGGACAAUUACUAGCUUUUGUUAUUGUAAAUAUCGAUAUGGUUGAUGGUUAAGAACUAGAUUAAUUAGUUUUUCUCAGUUGAACUUGACUGACGUGAGUAGCGAUCUGGACGUAGUGUGAAGUCGAGAGUCGGCCAAACACGAGGCACAUGGCUGUGUGUGUGCGUGUCUGACAUGACAUAAAUACCUUCCAG